GUCGUUAUUAAAAACUCAAUUAUAAUGUUGCUUCCGAACAUCCUGCUCACCGGUACACCAGGGGUUGGAAAAACCACGCUGGGCAAAGAACUUGCAUCAAGAUCAGGACUGAAAUACAUUAAUGUGGGUGAUUUAGCUCGAGAAGUCUGAUCAACAGAUAUCAUGGAAUCUGGCAAGAUGGCUUCUCCCAAGAGUAUGCCGAAAGAUGCACAGACGAUGGCACAAAUCCUGAAGAAUAUGGGGAUUACAGAAUAUGAGCCAAGAGUUAUAAAUCAGAUGUUGGAGUUUGCCUUCCGAUAUGUGACCACAAUUCUAGAUGAUGCAAAAAUUUAUUCCAGCCAUGCUAAGAAAGCUACUGUUGAUGCAGAUGAUGUGCGAUUGGCCAUCCAGUGUCGUGCUGAUCAGUCUUUUACCUCUCCUCCCCCAAGAGAUUUUUUAUUAGAUAUUGCAAGGCAAAGAAAUCAAACUCCUUUGCCAUUAAUCAAGCCAUAUUCAGGCCCCAGGUUGCCACCUGAUAGAUACUGCUCAACUGCUCCAAACUAUAGACUUAAGUCUUUACAAAAAAAGGCAUCUACCUCUGCGGGAAGAAUAACAGUUCCACGGUUAAGUGUUGGUUCAGUUACUAGCAGACCAUGUACUCCCACUCUUGGCACACCAACCCCACAGACCAUGUCUGUGUCAACUAAAGUAGGGACUCCAAUGUCCCUCACAGGGCAAAGGUUUACAGUACAGAUGCCCACUUCACAGUCCCUAACUGUAAAAGCAUCAAUUCCUGCAACAUCCGCAGUUCAGAAUGUUCUGAUUAAUCCAUCAUUAAUUGGGUCCAAAAACAUUCUUAUUACCACUAACAUGGUGUCAUCACAAAAUACUGCCAAUGAAUCAUCAAAUGCAAUGAAAAGAAAACGAGAAGAUGAUGAUGAUGACGAUGAUGAUGACGAUGAUGACUAUGAUAAUUUGUAAUCCGGCCUUGAUGCUUGUAACAUGUAUACUUGUCUUGAAUCCAUUGUACUAGAUUAAACAUGCAUGCUGGGUAUUUUCAAGUUGUGUUGUAGAAAACUUAAAUGCUAUUUAAUGAGUAAAUAUAGAUACCCUUUCCAAUUGAGAUGUUGGGUUUUCUUUAAUAGGAUUAGUAAUGGUUAUUCAUCAGCCUUUAAGUGUAAAAAAUAAAACUGUUUUCAUCA